CUUCCACUUGUUCGACUGUGGGCAGACCCCUUCACUUCCUUUGUCUUUGGCAUCUUCCCCUUUUAAAGAUCGUCUCUCUCUCUCUCUCUCUCUCUCUCUCUCUCUCCCUCUCUGCGUUCUGUGCUGUGAAUUAUUAUUGUUACUUGCCACCUAUCAUCUGAAAUCUCCCCCUUUGCGCUGUUCCUGAGCUGAAAGAUUUGCCCUUUUCAUACUUCUUCGAGAUUAGAUUGGUUGGAUCGGAGGAGACGCCUGAUUGAAAAAUUUGGGGUGUUCUUGGUGUCGAAAGGGAAGCAAUAUGCCUUGGUUGAGUUUAUCAAUUGAUGUUCUCCGGAAAGUAGUUCACCUUAACCUGUAUUGCAGGGUUAUUUUGUAAGCCUUUUUGUUACUUGACCAAAAUAUCGAUUCGCAGUCUCCUCUGCAUUCCCACCAAUAUGGGUUCCUCUCACUUCUUUGUAAUCUCUUCUGAAUUGUUUAUCAGCUGAAGCAUUAAAGUAGCCUUAAAUCCAGAACUUUGAUCAUUCUAUCGAUUCCCAUUCCGAAAUCUGUCGUGUCUGAACAGUAGACAAGUUCAUACUUGAUCGUUUUCCCUUGCUUCUUACCUUUCUUGCUGUCCAUCGACUCUAUUCUUUGGGUCGUGUUGUUUCUCCUAGUAAGCAGGGUGAGUAAUUUUCUUGGGUCGAAAGAAGUUAUGGUUUGCCAAGCAGCUAGUCAAACAAGAUUCCGAGCAUUGAAGCAUGAGAAUGGGAUUGCUGGGAGACCUACUAUUAUAGUUAGAGUUAUUGCUUGUUUCCAACCUCUACAGGAUUGCCAGGCUGAGUACUUCCGUCAUUUGCUUAAACCUGUCACGUAAAUUAGCCAUCUUCUGCGAUCCUAAAUUCAGCUGCCAAUUUUUUAGUAUUUUGUUUGUAUUCCCAGUUCCAAAAAGCGUCUGCGCAUAACCAGUACUUAUCGUGAGGUAAUUAUUUUGUGGUUGGAUGGUAAAGGCCGGGGAUUCUUGGGUCUUUGAGUAUCCUCCCACUUGGAAGCCACCCGAUCUGAAUGGCAAGGGCGCCUCGCUUCAGCCCAAAAAACAAGGACUAAUGACAUCAUAUGUGAAUCCUGGCUCUCCCUUUUCUCCUUCACUUGUGAAACUCCCAGGAUUCGCAGUUUCAGGCAUUCCAAACUUGAACAUUCAUCACACAGGUGCACCUGCUGGCUCGAUUCAUUGCUUGCCCUCUCAUUUACAGGCUGUUCCUCCCACCUUAGACCCGGUGAAAGAAAAUGCAUCAUUAGUCUCUCAUGAAUCUGGUGGGAACAACCCAACCCUAAGUUCUUUUGGAAAGAGAUAUCUUGUAUUUGAUCAGUCCGAGAAGGGAACGAGGUUGAUCUAUGGCCCUUCUAGCCCUCUAUUCCAGAAGUCAGAAGUUCUCCGGAGGAAACCAUAUGGCAACUUGCCUUUGGAUAAGGGAGAGCAGCCUACAAAUCUGACUCGAUUCGGUCUGGUUAACCCAAUUUUUCAGGAAGAGUCUGGUGAGAAUUAUGUCAGUGGGGAAGAAAGUGAGAUGCAUGAAGAUACUGAAGAAAUUAAUGCAUUACUUUACUCAGAUGAUGAUGAUGAUUAUGAUGAAGAAAAUGGGGAUGAGGAAGAUGAAGUCACAAGCACGGGACACACACCAAGUUUGCUUGUGCAAUGUUGUGGGAAGCGUGAUGAAGUAGGGCACACAUUGGACGAGGUUGGAAGUGCCGGCCGCCUCAACAAGAGGCAGAAAGUGAUUGGCGGUGAAUACAACUGCUCUAAUUUACUGACUACGGGGACUCCACCCUUAAAGUUAGGCACUUCUAAUGAGAAUGAGAGCGAUGCUGAUUCCAGCUGUAUAAGGAGCCAGGCCAAAGGAGAGGAGAAAGUUCCUGUCUUCGGUGGUGAGUUGUCUAAGAAGGAUGAGAUCCGUCAAACGAUGAAAAUUCUUGAGGGCAUUGUUCCCAGUGCUGAGGGCAAGGACCCAGUCGUCAUCCUCGAUGAGGCUAUUAAGUACCUGAAGACCAUGAAGCUCAAAGCCAAAGUUCUCGGAAUGAGCUUCCACUAAGUCGUGAUUUACCGCUUCAUCGGUUGGAAGAUAAGAAACAUGGAAAGCUAUUGGUACGAGUAACGACCUUUUCGGUUUUCUUGCUCUUGGUGGUACAUGAAUAAUCUCAGUGUGAAUUUGCUGUAGUGGGGUCCUUUCCUUCCUUUUUCUUCCAUGCACGCAUAUUGGGCUAAUAAAGGAACAAUGAAUGAGGAAGAUAUUGCCCAUUGCUUGAGGAGGAAAAGAAAAGGAGAGGUUCUUGAUUGUUGACUGGUAUGAUUAUCUUUGCUUUCUUUUGGCUUUUUGGGGGGGUGAUAAAGGAGGAGAGAGUUGAAGGCAUGGGAGGUGGAAGGUGGUGUUCUGAGCUGUAAAAUGAGGACCCCUCUCCCACCUUUUCUGCUCCAGUGCUGAUGAGAAGCUCUAAUGGAAAUUUGGUGCACGCGUGUUAGGUAACUUUGGCCCCACCCCGCGCCCCUUCUUUUUUAUCCUUUUCGUCCUACGCUUUUGUUCGCUCGCCUGUAAGGAAAGAAAGACACCCUUUUACCAUGUCCGGUUUGGAGGAAUAGUAUGGGCUCGGAAUGGAGCCACACCAUGUCAGCUGCGGUUGCUUUGUGUAACAAUUCCGUUCUGUUCCCUCUCCAUUCCAUCGUACCUGUUGGGUUCGUACGUAUUGUGUGUGUGUGUGUGUGUGCAGUGAGAGAUUCUUGUAUGAGUCAAUAAUGGAUGGAUGACUGCUUGUGGAUUGGUGACAGGGACAAAGCUAUGAGUGCUGUAGUGUGUUUUGUGUGUUGUCUUUUGGGUUGUUCGUUUCUUCCCAAGCUUUUUACUGUUUUCCUGUGAUGUGUGUGGUUUGUCUGUAUCUUUGCAUCUUCGUUGCAUGCGUCUGCUUUAAUGAGAAAGUGAUGUGUGUGCGAAUC